AUGGUAGUAGUAAUUGGGUUGAACGGAUGGAAGUUUGCUCCGUUGGACGUCAACCCGUUGUUCGGACCCUCCGCCCAAGCGCUCCUCGAUGCGGGUGCACGUCAGACAGCAUUGAUUGUCGAUGACGGUCAGUGGUUCCGCAUUUUCACACCGAUUUUUCUGCACGCUGGAUUGGUGCACUAUGGGAUCAACAUGCUUGCGUUUUGGUUUAUUGGAGGUGCCAUUGAAGAAACGCACGGCAUUAUCAACACAAUUGUACUCUUCUUCAUUCCCGGUAUCGGAGGAAACAUUUUGGGGGCCAUCUUUCUGCCACAAUAUGUUAGCGUCGGUGCGUCUGGUGGUAUUUUUGGGCUCAUUGGAGGUUGCUUGGCGGAUAUUUUUCUGAAUUGGAAUAUUCUGUUCAUCAAGGAGUACGAGGAUGAUACGUUAACUUGGCGCAAGAACGCUGUCGCUAUCGCCUGGCUGGUUUUGGAUAUUGUCAUCAAUGUGGUGCUGGGUCUGACUCCGUACAUUGACAACUUUACCCACCUUGGCGGGCUUGUAUACGGUCUGUUGUGUGGUUUUUCGAUGAUUGAACCGUUGGCCGUUGGCUUUUUCGGCGUCCACACGAGUCCGCUCGGGAAGUUGCGCAAAAUAAUUGUUCGAUUCAUGGGUUUGAUUCUGAGCGUCUUUUUGAUCGUGAUUACAACAAUUGUCUUGGCAACUAGCGACGUUGGCGAAAAUCCCUGUCAAGGCUGUCGGUAUAUUUCGUGCGUACCGUUUCCCUGGUGGAAAAACACCGAC